AUGUCUUCAUACAAGCGCUCCCGCACGACCUUCGAAGCGGACCAGCAUGCACCGUAUGCUGUCUUCGGCACCCCGCUGCCAGACGAAACAGAAGGCCGUGAUGAUGGGUCCUAUCUACCUCUCUGGAAGCAAGAUGUUCGAGACGAGCGAGGUCGAAAGAGAUUGCAUGGAGCAUUCACCGGUGGCUGGAGUGCUGGAUACUUCAACACAGUCGGCUCGAAAGAAGGCUGGACGCCUUCCACAUUCAUAUCCAGCCGCAGCAACCGAAAUCAAUCCGAUAAACGAACCAUUGAACAGCGAGCGCAAGAAUUCAUGGAUGACGAAGAUCUGGCAGACGCCGCCGAGGCGCAGCAGCUCAAGACGGCACAAGCAUUCGCUGGCUUUGGUGCCUCCGGCGAUGACCAGGGACAUGCUGGCGGUUUAACGGGACUAUUCAAGGCUGAAGGUGAUACCAUGGGCUUGAAGCUGCUGCGCAGGAUGGGGUGGAAGGAUGGACAAGGAAUAGGGCCUAAGGUUCGGCGGACAGCACGACUGGACAAUAAUUCUUCGUCAAAGUCAGACGAUGCUACCUUUUUAUUCGCACCCGACGAUACGAACAUGAUCCGGUUCGUGCGGAAAACAGACCGAAUGGGUCUCGGCUAUCAGGGCGAAGCUAAGCUUGGCAAGUCACAGCCUGAAAAUGGCAGUGAUCAGGAAAACGAGGACGAAUCUCUCGGCCCCAGGAAGUUGUCAGCUGCUGGAUCCAAGCCCAAAGCCAAAUCGAACGUGCAACGUGGUGGCAUGGGGGUGGGAACCUUGAACGACAAUGGCUCAGACGAUGAAGAUCCGUACGAAAUAGGGCCGAGAAUCAAUUACAAUCGUGUUCUUGGUGGCGACAAGAAAAAGAAAAAGAAAGCAGCAGCCGUUCCCAACCCUGCCCUAGGAGCUGCGCCUACUUUUCUACCGAAAGGAACUCGCGCUGGUGGGAGCUUGCGACGGUGCCAGGAUGGUCGAUUGCCGCUUGAGGGCUUUAUGUUGGCCAAAGCGGUAGAUGAUCUGACAGCUCUGUUGUCAAAGUAUGCACCGCUUGCAGUCCCUGAGGGUUGGACCUCAACAAAGUUAACAAAAUCUCAAUCGGAAGGCGACGCCUACCAAUCUGCAGCGGAUGCCGCAAAGGGCUCAACGUUAGACCCCAAGGCGAGGGCUGCCAUACUGGGCGAAAAGGCUUUGCCGGGCAAAUCAGUGUUUGAUUUCAUCUCUUCCACUACACGGGAUAAACUCGUGACAGUCUCCGGCAAGACCAAUCUUCCUCCCGGCCUUGGUGAGGUGCCCGCAGGAUACGCUUUAUCCGAGGAGGAGAAGCUGAAGGCCCUCUGGGAGCAAGUGCCUAAAGUGGACAAAGAUACUGCUAUUGCAGCGAUAUCUAGAGGAUCAUCUGGUCCAUAUGCCGACGAUGAGCGCAAGAGGAAUCGUUACCGAGCAUACCUUGAGCAUGGCGCGAACCAAGAUCGUCCACUGCCUGUCAAACCCGCAGCUCUUUCAGACGAAGACUUCCUACGAGAAAUGACGGAAUUUUACAACUGCGCUCGAAUAUUUAAGCCGAUGACAGGGUUCAUGGCCUCGCGAUUCAUCACAGCCAAGACACAGCCAGGCACCGCAGACACGAAGGGGGUUGAAGUAAUAUCACAGCCAGAGCCGAAGGUCACUGAUCCCGCCGAAGACGCGGCCAAGGUUGGCAUGUAUGGCAAGCUGACGAGAUCCGUACGCGACUUCUAUCCGAGUCGACUGUUGUGCAAGCGAUUCAAUGUGCGAGCGCCGGCCCACUCGCAACCAGACCAUGAUCCAGAUAGUGCCAGAGCCACAGCCGGAGGAGCUCGUGCUCAGGAGCCAACCCAACAGCUGCUUAUUUCUGGGAGCGCAGGCGCAGCGCCUGGACAGCAGGGUGAAGCAAAGGUCGCUCACGGCCAAGUGCGGCCUGGGCCGGCAAAGAUUGAUCCAGAAAAGAACGAGGCUGUCGAGGCCAGCGCCGCAAGCCAGGACCUGCUAAAAGCCGUGUUUGGAGACAGCGACGAUGAGGAGGACUAG